AGGCUGUCACCAACAAAGUCCCACUCACCCCUUCACCUCCGUUCCCCUUCUCUCCCCGAAAUUCAGAAUUCAUUCUAUUCUCUAUUCUAACCUCCUCUCUUUCAUUCUUCGCAUUCUCUCUCUCUCAAUCCAAUUAGGGUUUCCUCCUUCUGCUCAAUCCUCUCAUCUCCCUUCCGGAUCAACAUUCUCUGCACUGUGUGUGAAUUGGAUAGUCAACCCUUGGACAUGUAUGUUCAGAGGUUGAUGUGUUACCUAUAAUCUUGUUGCUGUGAAGACUGUAUGGAAGGUGCUACUUGAUUAAUCUGGGAUGUCUUUGACUCAUCUUCUCUGAGUGAUUAUGCAUGUCUGUUUGAGUUGACUUCAACCUUUAUCUAUUAAUAUUGGGGACUCAGUGAGUUAUUUAGUUCUGGAAAGAAGGCGCUAGCACCAGAGGAUUUCUUGGAUCCAUGCUGUCAGAGAGCAUGCGUGGAAUCUGUAUUUUGGGUAAUGCCCCAGACGAGUUUUGCUGCCGAAGCAUUCGGUGUGGUGACAAUUUGUCUAGUAGCCAUCUUGAUUCUUCUUGGGUUGAUGUGCAUUGCUUACUCAUUUUACUUCCGCUCUCGAAUUCAUAAUCAGGGUUUUGUUCAGCUCAAUUAUUUUAGCGGUCCUUGGAUCAUCAGAAUCACAUUCAUCCUAUUUGCAAUCUGGUGGGGUCUUGGUGAGAUUGUUCGGUUAACUUUGUUAAGACGAGCCCUUCACUUAAAAUGGAAGGAAACUGUCUGCAAAUGCUAUAUUGUAUCAAAUAUGGGGUUUGCAGAACCAUGCCUCUUUCUCACUCUAGUGUUUCUUCUUCGUGCACCCUUGCAGAGAUUGGAGACUGGAAUUAUGAGCAGAAAAUGGAAUGUGAGAACAUCUGGAUAUAUUCUUCUUUACUGCCUUCCAAUGUUUCUUCUUCAGUUUUUUGUUAUUUUGGUCGGGCCUCAGUUAAACAAGAAUAAGGGUUCUGGAAGAAAGUUGCCUCAUUAUUUUACAAGUACAGCUGGUGCCUCUUCAAUGGCAGGUGGGGAUGAUGAUAUUGCUCUCUGUACUUACCCUUUACUCAGUACUAUUAUCCUUGGCCUUUUUGCCAUUAUCCUGACUUCCUACCUUUUUUGGCUCGGUAGUAGGAUUUUGAAAUUAGUUAUUAAUAAGGGUUUGCAGAAGAGGGUUUACACAUUACUAUUCUCAGUUUUGUGUUUCCUUCCAUUAAGGGUUCUUUUUCUUGGUUUAUCUGUUUUGUCUGGGCCUGAGCAUUUUAUGUUUGAGGCCGUAGUUUUCUUGGCUUUUCUUGCACUUGUAUGUUGUUCUGGGCUGUGCAUGUGCACACUUGUGUACCGUCCAGUUGCAGAUUCUUUAGCGCUGGGAAAUCUACAAGACUUGGAAGCUAGGAGGUUGAAUGAUGGUCAUAAUGAUACUGUGUCCCUUAUUGCUAACCAGAGUCGUCUGGAAGAUAAUAAUGUUGGUGAAAAUGCUCGGUCCAGCCCUGGUCGGUUUUCUGAUGCAUCAACAAUGCGUGGAUCCAUUUCAUUCCGGACAAUGGAGAAGGGUGUCACUUCAACUGGACCAUUUGUAGAACUCAGCCUCUUCUCUCCCAGCCAUAGUGCAACCCCUCCAGGAUCGCCUCCUCUGCUUCUAGGUUGGCCUAUGCGAUCCCCAACAGAAGUAAUUGGACCAUAGAGGCAGGCUAGUUACUCAACAUGUUGGGUGAAUAUCAAUUUUUGGAAGAGGAAAAACUGAUUGUAAAGGUUUAGACUUCAAUAAGGCUUUUUUUGAAUGUUUGCUAAUUCUAGGUAUAAUGUUUUUGCCCUGGAAUUUAUUGAGCGCCUCUUUACUUUUAUGUUGUGUACUGGCUUGACAACUUUUUCCUUCCUGGUUUUGUAAUUUUAUUGUUGGAAAACUUCACAUAUGGUCAUAUAUUCUCCUUAGUUACAUCAAA